AUGGAAGACUUUGCGAUAAAUGAAUUACAAGCUUAUGGAAUUCCCGUAGAUGACUCGCUGCUAGUGUACAGCGGUCGACCAGUCCGCAUUAGUAAUGGUAUAAUAGCUUUUUUGAAACAGAGGUUUGGCGUAAAACACUCGUUUUCAAUAUUUCGUCGCCUAAUCGGUGUUGUUCUCGAUGACGACUAUCGUGGAGAAGUAGUGGAUAGAGAUGUUUUUCGAAGAAAAGUCCGCUUGAUCCAAGAAAAAUUUGAAAGGCUGAGCAAUAAAGUUCUGGAUAAGGAUGCUUCGAAUGCGUUUUUGGCGGAAGAGUUUGUACACGAUUUCCAGUUUAUGGACAAAGCAGUCAAAGAAGCUGAUAAAAGAAAAAACUUGAGGUUAGAGAAGAGUAACACACUCAACAUAGUGAGGGGAUCAAAUGACAGGAACGAAGUUAUGGAUGUGCUUGCUUCUACUGCGGCGCCAAGUGAUAGCAAGCCAGCUGUUACGGUGGGUAUGCCAUUAAAGAGACGACGAGGCAAGAAGAAAACUAUCCUUGAGAGAAGACCAAGGUCUGGUGUAAGGAGAGAUCGUUUGAAGAAGAGCAGGCAGUUAGUGCAGAAGAAGCUGCUUGUCAAGCAGCAUCCUUCAUUUGUUGGAGAAACGAAACCGACAAUUGCGAACACGAACAUUUCGGAAGUAAAAAAGCGUAAUAACGGGGCUGGAGCUUCUGAAGUCGUAGAGAUUCCUGAUGAAGAUGAGACUCCUUUGAAGAUAGUGGAGCAGGAAGAAGUUGAAACAGCAGCAUCUACUUCAGGAACUAAUGAAGAAGCUCAAAAAAGUUUACGAGCUGCUUUACGCAGGGAAAAGUUAGCGAAAAAAAGAAUUCAGGUUCUGUCCUACAAGCUAAGAGAUGAAAAACUUUCACUGCAAGAGGCUCUCAGAAAACUAAAACAAUUAGAAAGAGGUCGAAACAUCAAAUCUGAAGCUGCUGUGGAUAAUAAAGUGGUUGACUGGAAAGAGAAAGCCAGUUUGGCAUCAAGAGAGCUUGAAUGUCUGCGGUUAGAAGUAGCAAAACUUCGUGAGUCAAAUUGUCUCUUAGCGGAAAGGUGCUACCAGUUCCAGAAUGAAGAGGUUGCGCUGAAACCAAACGGGAAGUUUUUAGAGGAUUUGAGACCUUGCUUAAAACACUUAAUAAGUAUUGGUGUUCCUCCUGAAAACUGCGGGGAAGUUUUGGUUGUCGUCGGAGCACUUUUUGGCAAGAAACUGGUUGCUGAGAAAUCUGUACUUUUAAACAAAACGCCUAGUGGUACUCUGUCAAAAAAGGACUAA